CAAACAUGGCGGCGGUUGGCGGCUGACGGAGAACAAACGCCGGACAUCCUAUGAAACCGUCUGAUUUACAGGUUUUUACUCUUUAAAAGGUAAUUUUCGGCCUCGGGAUGGAUUCUGCGCCGUUUUCAGAGGAGCUGUCCGAGAGGAAAGUGUGUGUCGUCGGCUCGGAGCUGGUGGAAAACUACACGGUUUACAUCAUCGACGUCACAGACGGGCAACACAGAUGGACGGUGAAGCAUCGCUACAGCGAUUUCCACGACCUCCACGAGAAGCUGACGGCGGAGAAGAAGGUCGACCGCCGGCUGCUGCCCCCGAAGAAGAUCUUGGGGAAGAACUCAAAGAGUCUGGUGGAGCGGCGGCAGAAGGAGCUGGAGCUUUACCUGCAGACGCUGCUGCUGCAGUUCCCUCAGGCCACGCCCACCGAGCUCGCCUGCUUCCUGCACUUCCACCUCUACGAGAUAAACGGCAUCACAGCAGCUCUCGCUCAGGAGCUGUUCCAUAAAGGCGAGCAGCUGCUGCAGGCCGGUGAGGUGUUCUCUCUCCGUCCUCUGCAGCUCUACGCCGUCUCCCAGCAGCUGCGACUGGCCAAACCCACCUGCUGCAACGGAGACGCUCGGACGGACCUGGGACACAUCCUGGACUUCACCUGCAGGCUGCGCUACCUCAAGAUCUGUGGCACCAGAGGUCCAGUGGGAACCAGCAACAUCCAGGAGAGCAGCCUUCCCUUCGACCUGUCCGUCUUCAAGUCGCUGCUGCAGAUCGAGAUCAGCGAGUGCAGCUCUGAGCAGAUCGAAGGUUUGUCGACUCUCAGGACGAGUCUGGAGACGAUGAACAUCCACCAGAGCACACAGUCCAUGAUGUCGGUGCUGGUUCCGGAGGCGACUGAGUUCUCUCAGUGGGAACCUGAGGGGGCGGAGCCUGGGUGUCCGGUCACCACCGUGGUCCCGGUGUGGCGCCACCUGACCACCCUGGACCUGAGUCACAACCGCAUCGGCUGCAUCGACAACUCUGUGAGGCUGAUUCCAAAGGUGGAGUUUCUGGAUCUGAGCUCCAACCAGCUGUCGUCAGUGGAGAACCUGCAGCACCUGUACAACCUGGUCCAUGUGGACCUGUCCUACAACAACCUGCAGGUUCUGGAAGCUGCUCACACCCGUCUGGGGAACAUCAAAACCCUGAACUUGGCCGGAAACCAGCUGCAGAACCUCAGUGGACUCACCAAACUCUACUCCCUGGUCAACCUGGACCUCAGCCACAACCAGCUGGCCCAGCUGGAGGAGAUCAGGAACAUCGGCUCUCUGCCCUGUCUGGAGAAGCUCAGCCUGUCCAGUAACCCCAUGUGCAUCAUCCCAGACUACAGAACCAAGGUCCUGGCCCAGUUUGGAGACCGAGCAGCUGAGGUGUGUCUGGACAGUAAGGUGACCACGGAGAAGGAGCUGGACACGGUGGAGGUGUUGAAAGCUAUUCAGAAAGCCAAAGAAGUCAAAGACCGGAUGAGCAGCGGAGACAAGAAGAUCAGUGAGGACACCAGACCUCCUGCUCUGCUCUGCUCCUCCUCUUCCUCUCUGUCCUCCUCUGCUCCUCCUGCCUCCUCCUCCUCCUCCUCCUGUCCGGCCCAGCAGGCUUCCAGCCAAGAAAUGACCAGCAGAGAAGAAGCCGCCACCCCCCCCACUGUUCUCCCCCCUGCGGACGCUACAACCCCUCCUGCAAGCUUUAACCCCAACACACCCCACCUGUCUGCUGCCUCCGCCCAGGUCCGUCCGUCUGAACACUGUGGAGCCUCCUCAGAUGUUCCUGCUGCUAACGUCCCUGUCUGCUGUAUGUGCUCCUGCUCCUCUUCCUCCUCCAGACCAGCUGAGGCCAGGUGUUCUUCCUGCAGCGCCACCUGGUGUCCGCUGCUUCCUGCUGACCUGCUGCUCCUGUCCUCCUCCAACAAGGACUUCAUUACCCAGCUGUCCCAGCGGCUCGGCUCCGUCCAGAGGGAGCCGAGAAUGGAGGAAGAGGAGGAGGAGCAGGAGCAGGAGGAGCAGGAGGAGCAGGAGGAGAAGACCCAACCCAGAGAGCUUCAGUCUGCUGUGGAUGGAACUGAGGUGGACAGCCACAGUCCCGGCUCCAGGGACGGCUACUUCGAGAUGGGUCUGGACGACUCGCUGGAGGAGGCGUUCUGCUCCUCCUCGUCCUCCUCGCUGCCCCCUGCUGCUUCAGAGGAGCCUGCUGGCCUGCAGGUGGCGCCGGGCGAGGAGGAGCAGCAGGAGGAGGAGGUCCGGGUCCGCCGGGUUCUGUGGUGCUGCUGUGUUCGGGUGGAGCAGGAGGAGCUGGAGCAGAGGGAGGCCUGCCUGGUUCUGACUGACCGGCUGCUGGGCCUGCUCUUCCUGUCACAUGACUCUACGGGGACCAAUCAGGACGCAGACCAGAACCAGAGCCGGUCCAUGGAGGAGGUUCUGUCCGGCCUGCAGGUGGACCUCCUGGUUCCGUACUCUCAGCUCCAGCUCUCCUCUCCGGCCGUGCUCCCCGACUCCUGCCUGGGCUUCGGCCUGCGAGCCGGGCCGAGCCGCUGGUACGUCUUCUCCGAGGCCGAGCAGCUCCGACAGACCAGAACCGAGCUGGCGGCGCUGAUCCAGGUCAGAGAGCAGCUCGUCUUAACACCGGUUACAGCAGAAAAGGCCGUGGAGGUUCGGCCCGACCCAGAGCUGCUCGGCGCCCCCCAACUGCUCCCUCCGUCGCUGAUCGGCUCCUGGGAGCUGGAGGAGAGCCGUGGAGCUAAGGGAGGGUUUCCUGCCCACCUGCUCUCCUCCUCCUCGGCCCCCAACACUCACCCGCUGCUCCCCGAGGUCUCGCCUGGGGGAUCCGGCCCACCGGCGCUCCUCUUCCUGACCCACCGACACCUCUGGGUUCUGAAGAUGGACCUGAGGCAGCUGGCGGCGCAGGAGAGGAGCAGCUCCGAGCUCCACCAGGCCUCCUGGUGCCGGCUGGCCCGGCUGCCCCUCGGUUCUGUGGUUCUUCACCCUUCAGAGAGAGAAGCUCGGCUCAGGGACGGAACCAGAACCUGCCCCGACCCACAACACCUCCACAGGAGGCGUCACUGUGUGGAGCUGCUGCUGGCUGAGCAGAAGCUGCUGCUGCUCUUCCCUCUGGCCCAGGACAGGAGCUCCUUCCUGGUGGAUCUGAGCCAGCGGAGAGCCUCUCUGGAGGGGCUGAAGGUGGUGGCUCUGCCCCGAGCCUGCAGGACCUGCCACCAGCAGGGUCACCCGUCGGCAGGGCGUUACAGGUGCAGAGAUCAGAGCUGUUGUUCCAGCAGCAGGAGGUCCAACAGCUGCAGCAGGUAACUUUCUGAUCAG